AAUUUGAGACGGAUCUCACUUCAAACUUGAAGCUUGUCUGCUACGUUCGUUUUCGCCGGUAGCGUUCUGUUAAACACUUCUUUUCAGGAUGGCAAAAGUUCCAAAUGUUAAACUGAGCAAUGGAAAAGAAGUGCCAAUAAUUGGCUUAGGAACCUGGAAGUCAAAGCCAGGACAAGUGCUUGAAGCUGUAAAAAUUGCUAUUGAUAUUGGAUAUAGGCAUGUAGAUUGUGCUUUAGCAUACCAAAAUGAGAAUGAAGUUGGGCAAGCUAUAAAGGAAAAAAUUGCAGACAAAACCAUCAAGAGAGAAGAUAUAUUUGUUACUAGCAAGCUUUGGAAUACAUACCACAGGAGAGAAAAGGUCUUAGAAUGCUGCCAGAAGUCUCUUAAAGCCUUAGACUUGGAGUAUUUAGAUUUGUAUCUCAUUCAUUGGCCUUUGGCUUAUAAAGAAGGAGAUGAGCUAUUUCCAAAAAAUGAAAAGGGAGAAAUGCUUACUAGCGAUAUUGAUUAUAUUGAGACAUGGAAGGGCAUGGAGGAGUGUUAUGAGAAAGGUCUUGUACGCUCAAUUGGGCUAUCAAAUUUCAACAGUGAGCAAAUUAAACGAGUGCUUGAUAUAUGCAAAGUUAAACCAGUCAUGUUACAGGUUGAAUGCCAUCCUUACCUGAAUCAGAACAAACUUAUUGAUUUCUGCAAAAAGCAUGACAUAGCUGUUACUGCAUAUAGUCCUCUUGGUUCUCCUGAUAGACCUUGGGUUAAACCCGAUGAACCUUCACUUCUGGAAGAUCCCCGAAUCAAGGAAAUUGCAGAAAAGCACAAGAGAACACCAGCACAGAUUUUGCUUCGGUUUAAUGUUCAGCGAGGAGUAGUAGUUAUACCAAAGAGUGUUACUGAAGAAAGGAUUCGUAAUAAUUUUGAAAUAUUUGAUUUUGAGUUAACCUCAGAAGAGAUGGCUACAAUCAAUGACUUUAAAGAAAAGUAUCGUUAUUGUCAUUUGAACUGGCUCAAGAAUGACUCUAAUUAUCCUUUCCAUCUGGAAUUCUGAAGCAUUUUUUCACAAUAUACCUAAUGCUACUGAAAUACCUGAUCAGACUACCAUUUUCAAUGGCUUUUGUUUGUAAAACAUUCUUUUCUAUGAUUAAAAUUAUUAAAAAUAUAA